UCUCUCUCUCUCUCUCUCUCUUAUAGUUGUACUCUGUUUUUUUUCCUUAUCUCUCUGGUUCUUUUUUUUUUUUUCUAUGAGAAAAAGAAUACUCAGUCUUUCUUAAAAAGACAGUCAUCACAAGGAAGAAGAAGAAAUGGAAGGAGCGAUACCUACGGCUGAUGCAUCAGCUUUUAGAGAAUGCUUUUCUCUAGCAUGGACAAACCCUUAUAUUCUUCGUCUAGCUUUCUCUGCUGGGAUUGGUGGCCUUCUCUUUGGCUAUGACACUGGAGUGAUAUCAGGAGCUCUUCUUUACAUUAGAGAUGAUUUCAAGGCGGUGGAUCGCGAUGUUUUCCUGCAGGAAACUAUAGUGAGCACGGCACUUGCAGGAGCAAUUGUUGGAGCUGCUUUUGGUGGAUGGAUGACUGAUCGCUGUGGAAGGAAACCUGCACUUCUCCUAGCAGACUUUUUGUUCUUUGUUGGAGCUGUGAUCAUGGCUGCUGCCAAUGGCCCGCCUCUUCUCAUUGUUGGACGUGUUUUUGUUGGACUUGGUGUUGGAAUGGCAUCAAUGACAGCCCCUUUGUACAUCUCUGAAGCUUCCCCAGCCAAAAUUCGCGGUGCCCUUGUUAGUACCAAUGCAUUUCUUAUAACUGGGGGCCAGUUCCUUUCCUACCUUAUCAACUUGGCCUUUACCAGGGCUCCAGGAACAUGGCGCUGGAUGCUUGGAGUUGCAGGACUUCCUGCUUUGUUGCAGUUUUUCUUGAUGAUAUUUCUUCCGGAGUCACCCCGUUGGCUAUACCGCAAGGGUAAAGUAGAAGAGGCAAAAGCUAUACUGGAGAAAAUAUACCCAGCCCAUCAGUUGGAAGAAGAGAUGCGAGAUCUACAUGAAUCUGUAGAAGCAGAGAUUAAGGAAACAGGAUCUGCUGGAAAGAUUUCCUAUAGUGAACUGUGGAAAACCAAAACAGUAAGAAGAGGACUAAUUGCAGGAGUUGGUCUUCAGAUCUUCCAGCAGUUUGUGGGCAUAAACACAGUCAUGUACUAUAGCCCCACCAUAAUUCAGUUGGCUGGAAUUGCAUCUAAUCAAACUGCACUCCUCCUCUCACUCGUCACUUCUGGCCUCAAUGCUGCGGGCUCCAUUGUGAGCAUCUACUUGAUUGACCGGACUGGGAGAAGGAAACUUGCUGCUUUCAGUUUGGCUGGUGUGGUAAUUGCACUUGCGCUUCUAUCAGGAAUCUUUUACCAGACCACAACUCAUUCACCAAAAGUGACACCAACUUUAACCUCUCAUCUCAAAAAUUACACCUGCCCAGCUUAUAGUUCGGCUGCAAAUGCUAAUAGUUGGGAUUGUAUGAAGUGUUUGAAGGCUUCAUCUCCAACAUGUGGGUUCUGCGCCUCAGCUACUAAUAAGUUAUUGCCAGGGGAGUGUGUGAUCUCAAAUAACACAGUGAAAGAUGUCUGCGGUGGAGAAAAUAGGCUUUGGUACACUAGGGGAUGUCCAAGCAAAACUGGAUGGCUUGCACUUGUUGGGUUGGCUCUUUACAUCAUAUUUUUCUCUCCUGGAAUGGGAACUGUCCCAUGGAUUGUCAACUCCGAGAUCUAUCCACUAAGGUAUAGAGGCAUUUGUGGUGGAAUUGCUGCCACAGUAAACUGGACCUCAAACCUUAUUGUGGCCCAGUCCUUCUUAUCAUUAACAAAAGCUAUUGGGAUUCCCUGGACUUUCCUCAUGUUUGGGGUCAUUGCUAUUAUAGGCGUAUGCUUUGUUUUGAUUUGUGUCCCAGAAACAAAGGGCCUACCAAUUGAGGAGAUAGAGAAGAUGCUGGAGAAUAGAGCUAUUCACUUAAAGUUUUGGGAGAAAAGAUCUGAUAAUUUGGAGAAGAAUAUCCAAAUUCCCUGAAAAGUUCUAUUUUGUUGAGCUUUGAGUAGGGAAUCCUAAUAAUUGGAUAAUAUUUUUAAUUUUGCUAAACCUGGAAAUUGGUCAUUAUAGUUUCUAAUGGUACACUGAAAUUCCAUAAAUUUACUUUGGUCAAUUGUAGUGUGUUUCUCUCUCCAAAAAAAGAAAAUAAAUAAAAAUUGUAGUGUGUUGGAAGAAGGACAUCUAUAGCCCCCUGAUGGGUGGUACAAACUAAAUUCGGAUGAGACUUCUUGUGGGAACCCAGGCAAAGCGGGGGUGUUUUUUGUUGUGUUUGAUUACCCGCCAAGCCCUGAUAUUUUGUAUUUAGUUAAUAUAGAUACUGUUGGCAUGUAUGUUAAUAGGAUAGCUGAAACUGAUCUCACCUCUAGCGUGAGAUAGGCUGUGUUUGUAUUUCCUUUUAACCAAAAAAAAAUAAAAAGAUAUCUAUAAAUUUACUUUUC